AUGAACAAGCACGACAACCUGUUCAAUAACAACAACCAAUCGACCACGGUGCUGGUCGAUGAAGAUUCGCCCGAUUCGUUCGAAUUUCGAAAUUGGCAAAGUCGACAUGUUUUGAAUUGGCUUAAAGGUAAAAUACGGUUUUUCUAUCUGUUAGAUCUACAGUGUUUUGAAGUGUAAAGAAAAUUUUUGUCAUUUUUUACUUUGCAAAGAAAGUUCUUGCCAUUUUUUUCUGUAAAGAAAGUUCUUGCAAUUUUUUGAUUUGUAAAGAAAGUUCUUUCCAUUUUUAAGUAUGUAAAGAAAGUUCUUGCUAUUUCUUUGUUUAUAAAGAAAGUUCUUGCCAUUUUUUGUCUUGGAAAGAAAGUUCUUGCCAUCUUUUAAAUUUUGUAAAAUACGAUUAGUAGAAUGUCUAAAUAAUAUUAAAAAUCAAUAUUUUAGGGUUGGACGACGCCUUAGGGCCAUUUAUUCGUUUAUUCGCUCAAAACCAUGUGGACGGUGAGAAGCUGGCUCAUUUGGACAACGAUCGACUGCGCCGGCUAGGCAUUAAUAAGGAGAAGUUACAAUGUAAAAUCACAAAUUCUAUUGAUCUCUUGUACUAUUAUGUGAGUUUUUUUAAAUUUUUAAAUUUUUAAAAUUAAAAAAAAUUUUUUUUGAAAUUUAAAAAAAAAUAAUUGCUUUUAACAUCUAAAUAUACCGUAUUUUACAUUUCAAAAUUCACAAAACAUUCAGAACAGUGCAGGCCUUUUUAGUUGAUUGCACGGUGCCACAGUUUUAUGACUGCACGGUGCAAUGUUUUUUAAAACUGCUGUUCGGUUGUAGUUUUUUAGGUACAAAUCCAAUCUUUUGUGCAUGAUAUCACGGUACUAUGAGCGUUUUUCACCAGCAAAGAAAGUACUUUAUCUGUAAAGUUCAAAAAGUUAUGGCAUUUUUUGUAAAUUUGCACGGUGCAGUGGAUUUUAGAUUGCAUCGUGCAGGCGGUUCUUUAUGGUUAUAAAUUUGAAAUUCAGUGUACAAUACAAUACUACUAUUAGCAAUAUUUUACAGUAAAAAAAUUUUUUUUACAGUAAGUUUAAAAGGCUAUUGCAGUUUUUAAAAAUUUGCACGGUGCAAAAGAUAUUUGCACCGUGUAACCGGCUGUCUGUAGCUACAAGUUUGAAAUUUGGUAUAUAAAUUUACAGUAUUGUUAGAAAUAUAUAAAAGAAGAAUUUUUUUGCAUUGUAAGCUGAAAAAGUUAUGGCAGCAUUUAAAAAUUUGCAUCGUGCAGGGAAUUUUUGUUUGCACGGUGCAAUAAAUGUUUGAUUGCACCGUGCAGCCGGCUCUUUAGAGAUACAACUUUGAAGUUUUGUAUAUUACAUUACUAUUAUUAUUAGUACUUUUUGGAGUAGAAGAAGUUAUAUUUCAUGUUAUGUUCAAAAAGUUAUGGCACUUUUUUAGAAAUUUGCACGGUGCAAUAUUUUAUUUUUUUUAGUUUUUUUUUGUAAAAAAUAUGCAAAUUUUCAAUUUUUUAAAAUUUUUAUGUCUAUUUCACCCUACAUUUUUAAUAUGCGAUGUAUGAAAUAACGUAUUUUACCUUUACAGGAAGACGAGAUUGACAACGAAAAUGCUCAGAAAUUAGCGCUCAAAGUUACAGUAUGCGUUCAGAAUCUGCUCAACGCGGUGAAGAUUGCCACGCCCAUUAUUUUGAAUCCAAAUCAGUCUAGUCGAACAUUGGUUGUGCUGAAUUCGGUGUUGUUAUUCGUGGCUGAUCUACAUGAAGAUGUCGCUAAAUUGAUAUUUUGGCUGGAUCGGUAAGUGAAUGACAUUUUUUAUGGGUUGUAAAGAAAGUUCUUGCUAUUUUUGAUUUGUAAAGAAAGUUUUUGCUAUUUUUUGUUUUUUAAAGAAAGUUAUUGCAAUUUAUGUAGUAAAAACAUACAUUUUGUUGUACUGCAGCCUGCGGGUGACAGCUUAUACGAUGAGUAACGUUUUUCGACUUUUUUGGUUUUGUAAAGAAAGUUCUUGCUAUUUUUUAAAUUCAAUGAAGAAUUAUCCGUAUUUUACAAAAAAAUGUCAUUUUAGACAUCCAUUUAAUGAGAAAAAGUGGAAGUUCUUGCUAUUUUUAGCAAAAAACAUUAUCUUUAUGCUUUGCAGUCUGCGGUUGACAAGUUAUACGAUAUGAUCUUUUCAUUUUUACUGGCUUAUGUAAAGAAAGUUCUUGCAUUUUUUUGGUUUUGAAACAAAUUUUUUGCCAUUUUUUGUCUUGUAAAGAAAGUUUUUGCCAUUUUUCGCUUUGUAAAGAAAGUUCUUGCGAUUUAUACAUUAUUUAAUAGUAAAAACGUAAACUUGGAGAAUUUGCAGCCUGCGGGUGACAGUUUAUACGAUGAGUAACAUUUUUUGGCUUUUUUUGUUUUGUAAAGAAAGUUCUUGUCAUUUUUUAAAUUCAAUGAAGAAUUAUCCGUAUUUUACAAAAAAAUGUCAUUUUAGACAUCCAUUUAAUGAGAAAAAGUGGUUCACCGAGAUCAGAGAUCAAUUAGCCUUGUUCAUCAAUGAAAUUGUGGAUUGCAUCAAUGAUCCCAACAAUCCAAAGUUUUUCUCUGUUCCACAAUUACUGGUCGAAGUAAGUUUAUUUUUAAUUGGAAGGUCAAUUCUACGACUAAGCCUAAGCCUACUAAGCCUAAGUCAACUAAGCCUAAGCCUACUAAGCCUAAGCCUACUAAGCCUAAGCCUACUAAGCCUAAGCCUACUAAGCCUAAGCCUACUAAGCCUAAGCCUACUAAGCCUAAGCCUACUAAGCCUAAACCUACUAAGUCUAAGCCUACUAAGCCUAAGCCUACUAAGCCUAAGCCUACUAAACCUAAGCCUACUAAGCUUGAGCCUACUAAGCCUACUAAGCCUAAGCCUGUUAAGCCUAAUCUUAAUAAGCCUAAGCUUACUAAGCCUAAGCCUACUAAGCUUAAGUUUUCUAAGCCUAAGCUUAAUAUGCUUCUAUUUACUAAACUUAAGCCUACUAAGCCUGAGCCUACUAAGCCUACUAAGCCUAAGCCUGCUAAGCCUAAUCUUAAUAAGCCUAAGCUUACUAAGCCUAAGCCUACUAAGCUUAAGUUUUCUAAGCCUAAGCUUAAUAUGCUUCUAUUUACCAAACUUAAGCCUACUGAAGCUAAGCCUAUAAAAAAUAUUGUUUAUUUUAGAAAGGCAAACGAAUUCAACAACUAGCAUACGAUAUUAUUCAUUCCAAUGACCCGGUGAUCUUAUACACAGCCUACAUACAACGAGUGGUACUGAUGAAAAGCAAUGAUAAUGAUUGGGUAUGUUAUGGCAUUUGGGUGUAUCUAAGUACAUAAAACCCUAUAUUUUAGGGAGUAGAGUUCAAAUCGACCGCAAAUGGCAUUCACCUGGUGACAAAAGUGAAAACUGGUAAUCAAAACAACCUGGCUGCCAAAAUACAUGUUGGCGAUGAAAUUGUUGAGGUUGGUUUCUCAUUUUAAACUUACUUUUUGGGUAUAAACAUGAUUCAACUGAUCAACUCUUUAGCAUAGGCUGCACGGUGCAAAAAAUAUAAACCAUGGUAAUAUAUUUGUUAUUGAUUUUGAAAGUUUAAAAAUAGGUAUAGGGAGGUUACUCAGUAAUAGUAAUUAGUUACAAUAACAUUUUUUUAUAUUUUACGUUUAGAUUUUUAGUUAUAAUAGAUCAAACAAUUUGCACGGUGCAGAGUAUAAUUUCUUGCACAGUGCAAAAAUUUAAACCUUUUUAUAUUGACGUUAGUUUUGAUAGUAAAAUUGUAAAAAUUGAGUUGAAAGAUUUACUCAGUAACAACAAUAAGCUGCAGUAACAGCUAUUCUUAUUUUAUGUCCAGUUUUUUUAUUAUUGUAGAUCAAAAACUUUGCACGGUGCAAACAAGUUAAGUUUUGCACGGUGCAUAGAAUUUGAUGUAAAUUUUUGGUUUUUUUAAUAAAAGUUGCAUUUUUAAAUUUAAAAAAUUGUAUAGAUAAAUAAAAAAUUAGCAAAAACUUUCUUUACAGUACACAAAAUUUCAAAAAAAAUUUUUAAAAAAAUAAAAAUGGCAUGAUUUUCAAAAUUUCAGAUCAACCGUCAAUCUGUAGUUGGCUGGAAGCCCAAAAACAUUCGUCGCAAGUGGGAUUCAUCAGUCAAGACCAGUCCUCAUGGUGGCUAUGAAAUUGAAAUUACCUUGGCCAAACGGCCAAGGGAGACUUGGAUUCCAAUCACUUUACAAAAAAGAACAUUCUCGAAUGUCAGUGCUGAAAUUGAUCAACCGCCAACUGAAACCGAAAGGAAUAUUAGAGAUUUCAAGAGGAAGAUACAGCCCGAUUUUUUUGUUAGACAUGAGGUAAGAUGGGUAAUUAAGUGGAAGGUUAAUUUUGAGGGGGAAGAAGUCUUUUAAAAAUCCUAUAAUUUUUGUGACACUUCGUUACAAGGUUGAAAAUGAUUUAAUAUACAUUUUUUAGUUUAAAUUUAAUGAUUUUGGGGGUUUUUAAGUGAUUUUUUGGAUUUUUAAAAAGUCGAUAUUUUUUAUGACAUUUCGUCACAUUUUCAUUUUUUGCGUAAAAAUAGUACAAUUAAUAAUAAUUAUUUUUAGUAAAAAUUUUUAAGUUUUAUCUUUUUUAAAGUGAUUUCCGGUUUUUUAAAAAUCAAUAAUUUUUGUGACAUUUCGUCACAUUCUUAUUUUUUGCUUCAAAAUUGCCAGUAAAAUCAAAAAAUUCAAAAUUAAACUAGACUACAAAUCAAAAACGAGCAAAAUUUUCAUUUUUUCAUAUUUAAAUAAAUAGAACCUUGAAACAAAAACCAUUUUGGCGAGUAAACAAAACAAAAAUAGGAUCAGAAACUCGACACCCGAGAUUAGGCGAGUUUACAUUCAAAACACACGCCCGCCGUUCAAAUUACACGCCCGGGCUUUUUUCGAUGCUUGUUAUGAAGAAUAUUGAGGGUUAAUUGGAAGUGUCCACAUGGAUUUUUGGUCUAUUUGUGGAUAUAAUUGAUUUUUUUUUUAAUUUUUAAAAAUUAUGUAAAAAAAAAUUUAGGCGUUAAACCAAUUUUAUGACAUAGUCAAACAUGUUUUUACGUCUUAUUUUAUUGAAUUUUAAAUGAAAUCGUAUUUAAAAUUUUGCAUCGUGCAACGACUUUUUCUAACUGCACUGUGCAAGAACUUUGGUGCCAAUUUAUUGCGUCUAGGAUAAUAUAAAAGAUUGAAAUCACUUUUUUAAGACAUUUAUACCCCCUUUCUCACUAAUAUAAAACCAAAAUAUUAUCAAAAUUUUAAUUUUUAGUCUAUUUAUCAUCAUAUUUUAAAAUCUGCACGGUGCAUCACUUUUUAUGCGUUGCACGGUGCAAAAACUUUUCUCCUUCUUUUUCGUGUCAAUUUCCAAAACAAAGAAUUUAAAAUUGUUUACAGCUUCUAAAGACACAUUUCAAUUUGUUUAUUUAAACAUUUUAAAUUUUUCAAGAAAUGUAAAGAACUGCACCGUGCAAAAAGUAAUUUUGACUGCACAGUGCAAUAACUUUGCCAAAGCUUUUUGCAUGUUUAUAGUAAAAAAAUUGAAAUGAAAUUUCCUUUGAUAGAAAAGCAAACUAUUUUCUACCUAAUUUAUCUAUUAUUGUCUUAAGUUUAAUAAAGUUUGGCAGUUUUAUAAAGCUUUGAAAAAGUUGCACGGUGCAGUCGAAUAAUUUUUUUGCACCGUGCAAGGUUUUUUGUUUAAAAUGAUGAUAAUUUUAAAAAAUAGGUAAUAAAAAUUGAAUUUUAUGACAUUUUGGAUUGUUUUCAUGUAGUUAUGACAAAAUUAAAUGACAUUUUUUAUAGGAAAUAGGCAAGCCCCGCCAAAUACGCUCAGCAUCGUUCUGUUCCGGCUCCGACCAUCAGCUGAUCUUCAACUACCCAGAAGAAGACGAACUUUAUCGUUCCCCCUCGCCUUCUGGUCCCACCAAGAGCCCUACAGCACUAAUUUUGACCGAAAAACGACCAAUCUUCCGGCGUGCCUCGGUGUGGACGGAGAGUCCGCCGGCCGUGCUUAGAAGUCCAUUCGAUCGGUUACGGUAUUCGGAUGAAUCCAAUGCUUGGCUACUGUUGCUAGCAUCGUGGGCUGAGACGAUUCCGAAGAAUAAGGCCAGAAGUCAGUUCCGGAAUCUGAUCGUGAACGGCGACACUAUCAAGGAGGAGGACGAGGAUUCGGACGCACCAUUGGGUAGGGGUUUUAGGUUUUUUUUUGAAAGGGGUAUUUUUAGGGAGGGUAGAUUGUAUGUUUUUUUUUAAUUUUUUUAAUAUUGGAAGGGUAGGGUUAGGUAUGGUAAAGUUGCGGUAGGGUUUUAUGAAAGGUUAGAUUUUUAGAGUCGGGCAGGGUAAUUUCUAGGUAAGGGUACAUUUGUAGGGAAGGGUAGAUUUUCACGAGAGAGUACAUUUUUAGGGUAGGGUAAAUUAUAGCUAAGAAUAAUCUUCAAAAGGGGGGGGGGAGGUUACAUUUUCACGGAUGGGUGGAUUUCUGGAGGUAAGGUAAAUUUUUAGGGCAGGGCACACUUACUAAGUCUAUGGUAGACUCUUAAGUAUUUAAGGGCAUGGUCGAUUUUCGUGGCGGGGUAGAAUGAUAAAGGCGGGGUAAAUCAAUAAGGAAAGGAUUUUUUUAAGGCUUGGUAUGGGCAUGGGUUGGACUAGGGCUCUGGCCUAGAGCUCUGGGCUAGGGCUCUAGGCUAGGGUUCUGGGCUAGGGCUCUGGGCUAGGGCUCUGGGCUAGGGCUUUGAGCUAGGGCUCUGGGCUAGGGCCCUGUCUUAGGACUCUGGGCUAAGGGCAGUACUAAAGCUAGGCUGGUGUUAAAGACUAGUAUAGCACUUUAGGUAAGCAAAACACGUUUUGAUAGAAUUAGAGAGUAAGGGAGUGGGUUUCCGGCAGGUGUAUUCGGAGUAAUUUGUUAAGAUUUGUGACUUACUCAUUACUGAUUACAAUCUUGAGUUACUCUACUCCCUUUUACAACAUAGUUAUUGGGGAAAGGAAGGUGAAUAUUGGUGUUUUAUACUCUACAUUGUAUCUACUAUAACAUUAUUAAACACUUUAACCAUAAGAAGUUUUAUUUUCUACCAUACUCCUACAGUAACCUACCGUAACCCUAUAACUACCCAAAAUAGCUACAGUAACCUAAAUAGUUACAGUAACCCAAAAUGUAUAUCAAACUGACCAUAAUUCCAGAAGAACUAACCAUAGAUCUCAACAACCUGGACACGCUCUCGGAUUCGGAGCUGGAGAAUCUGAAUCCGAAGCCGAGUCCAGUCGAAGCGGCCGAAUGGAACGCGCCCAUCGUCGAAGACAUAACCGGCUACAAAUUCCAAAAACGGGUACACCUGGAAAGCUCGUCCAGCUUGACAAAUUCACUGGAAAGCCCUUUGGCGUAAGAAUUUUUGUUAUUAGGGUUAUAUAUGAUAUUGUUGUAGGCUAAAAUUUGAAUUUUUGAUUUUUCGCCAAAAAAUGGAAGUUUUUGGCAUUGUGUUACAAGGGUUAAAAAUACAAUACAAGUGUAGCAAGUAAUCGGUUUGGGCCUUAGGAUUAUAAUUUUAAGGUUUUUGGGAUAUACAAAUUUGAAUUUUUAAAUUCCCGCCAAAAAUUAAAAUUCUUGGUAUUGUGUUGCAAGACUUGAAAAUUGCUCAGUAAUAUAAAUAAAGAAUAUCUAAACGAUUUUUAGCUUCAAGGUUUAAAAAGUUUUAUUUCAAAUACUUUUUCAAAAUUGAAUUUUCAGUUUCCCGCCAAAAAUUAAAACUUCUUGGCAUUCUGUUAUAAGUGUCGUAAAAAGCAAAAAAAAACUUUAAAAUAUUGGUUUUUGGGUUGUAAAAUACGGAUACCGGCAUUUUUUUAGCCAUAUUUUUAACCUUUUAAAAUUUUUUUUCAACAAGUUUUGGCAUUCCGUUGCAGGUUUUUCAAAAACUGCAAAUUUAAUUAAAUUUCAAAAAAACAUCGAAAAGAACUCUGUGAAAUCCGUAGAGAACAACAUGUUUACAAUCCCAAAAAUCCUCUAAUUAACUUUUGCAUUUUAAAAUUAACCUUAAUAUUGUAUGAAUGCUACUGCUUAAGGGCGAACGACGGCUUAAAGGGGGGGGUGGGAGGUUGUUUUACUUUGAAGUAAAUUGAUUAAUCUCCGGAAAAUGGGAUUACGAAGAGUAUGUUAACAAAUUGUGUCCAAAUUUUUGUGACUAAGUUUCGAAAUUCACUUCGAAGUUUAUAGUUAUUUGUUUCAACCUUAGGGCAAGGUUAAUUUCUAAGAAAAGUAGAGUGGAUUUUUAAAACAAGGGCGGAUUUUUUUGGGUAGGGUCGAUUUUUAGUGAAGAGUGGAUUUUUAAGGCAGGGUGGACUUUUAGGGUAGGGUGGAUUUUUAGGGAAGGGUAGAUUUUUUAGUGUAAAGUAGAAUUUUCUGGGUAGACUUGGCCUUCGGGAUAGAGGGAAGUACGGUAUUGCAGAAUAGGGUAGGGUAGAGUAGGGCAGCGUACAUUUUUUAAGACAGGCAUGAUUUUAUAGAGCUGUGCGAGUUUUUAAAUCCUAGAAGGGUUUAGGGCAGGCUAGGUUUUUAAGAUGGCAAAUUUUAAAGAGCAUGGCAAAGUUGGAUGAGGGUGGGUAAUGUAAGGUAGACUGGGGAGAAUAGGGAUGGGUAGGCUAUGAAAGAGCAUGGUAGGGUAACAAAAUGUUAAAAAAUGUAAAAGUCAAAGCUGUUUUGUUUUUUGUUUGUUUUUAGGCUUAAAUCUGUUAAGAAUUUUAUCAAUUUCCUCGUUUGAGAAGAUUAAAUGAUGUUUUUUCGUAUUUGAAAUGACUUUUUAAUUUUAAAACGUAAUCUUCCUGGUUUUGUGAUAUUUUUGUAAAAUACGUAUUUUUUAGUUAUUUUUAAUAUUUUUUAGUUGCAUUGUGCAAUCAAAAAUACUGUUUGCACCGUGCAAGGUAAAAAGAAAGCUUUGUAUCUUUUAAAAGACGAAAGUUACAGUAUGACUAUUUGAAUUAAAAGUACUGUAAAUAAGUCAUAUAUUCUAAUAUGGUACAGCAAAGUUACAAAAUUAUUGAAUUUUACCGUUUUAUGCUAAGUUGAAAAUUUUGCACCGUGCAGUCGAUUUAGCAGACUGGACAGUGCUAUAAAAAAGUGGAGGAGAAAUUUGUUUUUUAGGCGUUUUAACUUGUUUUUAGGUAUUAAAGUAGUAAAAUAAUAGUUUAUUAGUGGUUUCCGAGUCAUAUAACAUUCGUUUUGUCAAAUUUAAAAAAAUAUUUCUGAAAAAAAAAAUUUUCAAAAAAAGUUUUUUAAUUUUUUAAAAAUUUUAGGUAACAGUAACCUUAACAAUGCCAUUUUCAGUAACAUUCAACAAAAAAUCACUCGCUUCUUCCACGGAGCGGAUUCAGAACAAAGCGCCAGUGACGAUCUGCCCCAGACCCCCCUCCGCCAAGGUUUUUGCAUCAAUUUUCGCUACUACGCCUAAAAUUUUGAAAGAUCCCAGUUUUGGCCAAUUACCCAGUCCCAGUCCCACAGUGGAAGAGGCUGUCAUCUCCAGAAGUCAGUCUCCAAUCAUCACGAUUCAUACCGCAACGCCUUCUAUUAAUAGUGCUGCGGCCAACUCCAAGGUGGUUAAUGUGGUGUCACGGAAAAGCCGGUUGGCUGUAAGUUUUGAAAUUUUUAGUGUUGAUAGGUAUGGGUAUGGGGCGUGCUUUCACAAAUUUUUGGGAAAUUUGGACAAGCGGUACAUUUUAAAAUGGCAAAAAAGUCUGAUGACCCCAGAAGUUUCAAUAACUUUGCACUGUGCAAAACUAAAAAUACAUUGCACAGUGCAAAAGUUCAAAAUUUAAAAUUAAAAAAAAUGUAAAAUACGUUUAAUAGUGUUUAAAAAAUUUUAAUUUUAGCCCCUAGCCGAACCAGACGAAAUAAGCGAUGUUGAUGAUGAAAGAUUGGAGAAUUCUGGAUUGAAGCCGGUCAUCGUGUCAUUAGCCUCUACUAGUAACAUUCAAAAAAGCUUGUCGAGUGUAAGUCAGUCCUACCGCUAAAACCCACCCUGUCCUAAAAAUCUACCCUGCUCAAAACCACCCUGCCCUAAAAAUUCACCCUGUCCGAAAAAAAUCUGCCCUGGCGAAAAGAAUGUACCCUGCCCAAAAAAAUCUAUUUUGUCCAAAAAAUCCACCCUGCCCUAAAAAUCCACCUUCUUCAAAAAAAUCUGCCCUGCCCUAAAAAUCCACCCCGACUAAAAAAUCUACUCUGCCCUAAAAAUCCACCCUGUUCUAAAAAAUCUACCCUAUCUUAAAAAUCUACCCUGAUCUAGAAAUCCGCCCUGUCCUCAAAAUCACCCCUGCCCUAAAAAUCCACCCUGCCCAAAACCUCCGCCCGGCCCUAAAAAUCACCCCUGACCAAAAAAAUCCACCCUGUCAAAAAAAAUCUACUCUGCUAUAAAAAUCCACCCUGCCAAAAAAUCCACCCUAUCUUAAAAAUCUACCCUGAUCUAGAAAUCCGCCCUGUCCUCAAAAUCACCCCUGCCCGAAAAAUCCACCCUACCCUAAAAAUCCACCCUGCCCUAAAAACCUACCAUACCCAAAAAAUCCACCCUGCUCUAGAAAUCCACCCUGAAUUAAAAAUCCACCCUAUUCUAAAAAUCUACCCUGAUCUGGAAAUCCGCCCUGUCUUAAAAAUCCACCAUGACUUACAAAUUUACCCUGAAAAUCCACCCUACCCUAAAAAUCCACCCUGCCCUAAAAACCUACCAUACCCAAAAAAUCCACCCUGCUCUAGAAAUCCACCCUGAAUUAAAAAUCCACCCUAUUCUAAAAAUCUACCCUGAUCUGGAAAUCCGCCCUGUCUUAAAAAUCCACCAUGGCUUACAAAUUUACCCUGAAAAUCCAUCCUACCCUAAAAACCACCUUGCCUAAAAAUCACCCCUAAAAAUUUUUACCUCCACCCCUACCCUACCGUAUUCUAUGUUGUAACCCCUAUUGUAGCCUACAUAUGCACCAUAAUCUCUAAUCUGGCCCUUACCCCUACCCCCGACUUUUAUAAUGACCCACCCAAAACACCACUACCUCCACUCCCAUAAUGAACCACUAAACUCUGUCCUACCCCACUCCUAUAAUGACCCACCCGACACUGCCCUACUCUCACUCCCAUAAUCACCCACUAAACACACCCCUACCCCCACACCCAUAAUACCCCACCCAACACUGCCCUUCCCAUAAAAAAUGUCAUUUCAGGACAAUGUCUCUCGAAUCGACCACUCUUCCCUCGAAUCGCUAGCUGCCACUCCAAGCGAACGUGUACUAGGCAAUGUAGCUGAAGGCUGGAUUCGUCGCAAAUUCUUAUCACUAGAUGGCAAAUCGACCGGUAAAUGGUCAAAGUGUUGGGUGAUGCUGACCGUGAACAACUUCUUCGUGUACUCGGACCAGAAGUCGAAGCACGCUGAAGUCGUUUUCGAGCUGAAGCAGUGUUCUUUGAAUCUGAAUUCGAAAUUGAAAACUUCGAAGAAACACGUCUUUGGCAUUCAAUGGCCUCAGGGCGAAAUGGUCUUUGCUCCGUUUAGUCAGGCUGACUUUAGCUUGUAAGUUAUAGUUAUGGUACUGUGAUGUUAUGUAGGGCAGGGUAGGGCUGUUUCGGGGUAUUUUUUUGAUUUUUGAAGUAGGGGUGGAUUUGGCGGGGGUAGAGGUAGGUGUGGCAGGGGUAGGGGGUAGAUUUGGCAGGGGUAGAGGUAGAUUUGGCAGGGGUAUGGGCAGAUUUGACAGGGGUAGGGGAGAUUUGGCAGGAGUAAGGGUAGAUUUGGCAGGGGUAGAUUUGGCUGGGGGUAGAGGUAGAUUUCUAGGGCGAAGUAGACUUUCGGAUUAUUGAGGCAUGGUAGGGCUAGGAAGAGGGAAGACUUCAGUAGGGGAGUAAUAAGAGAGUGGUAAGGAUAAGAUAGGACUAGAGAAGGGAGGGGGUCAAAAAAGUACUGGGCUGGGGUAGAUUUUUAUCGCAGGGUAUAUUUUACACUCAGGGGUAGAUUUUUGAAGUAGUGAUAUAGGUAGACUUCUGAACGGAGUAGAUUUUCAGGGCAGGGUGAAUUUAAGCUUUGGGGUGGAUUUUUGAAGUGGGGGUAGAUUUGGUAGGAGUAGAGAUAGGGGUAGCUUCAUAAACUGGAGUAGAUUUUCAGGGGAGGGUAAAUUUAAAGUUAGGGGUCAAUUGUUGCGACAGGGAAGGGGUAGGUAUUGACACAGGGGUACAUUUUGAAUAUGGAGUAGAUUUUCAGGGCAGGGUAAAUCUUAAGUUAGGGCAAGUCUCGACUGGGCAAGGUUUUCAAAAUAGGGGUAGAUAAGGUUAGAAUAAGGGUAGAAAUGGAGGCAAGGGUAGGGGGUAGAGGUACUGAAGUGUAAAUUUCUUGCAAUAUACGUUAGUAUGUUAUUUGAAAAUGACAUUGUACUACCUUUCAGCUGGAUUCAAAACUUGACAGGGAAAAUGCACACCGAUCAGCUACCUAAAUCAACAUUGCCUAGGGUUACUAAAGGUAAUUUUAUCAAAAAAAAACUUUUUUUUUCAUUUUUUGAACUAAAUAUACAUUUUAAAAACUGCACAGUGCACUCUCGGUUUUAUGACUGCACCGUGCAAUUUUCAAUUUUUCGAAAUUAAAGUUUAAUUUGAAAAGUUUUAUUAAAUUUGACAAGGCUAUUCUGCUCAAAAAGUCUAUAGAAUUUUUAUUUUCAAUCCAUUUUUGUGUUUUCUAUUGUCGUUUGUAUCAAAAUGGCACGUUGGUUAUGACUGCACUGUGCAAUUUAUAUUUUUUGACUGCACCGUGCAAAAUUAAAAAAAAAUCAAAAUCAAAAAAAAAUUUUAAAAAAAUUAAAAUGCAAUUUCCAGAAGCCGUUUACAUUCGUGACCAUAACCGUGAUCUGGAUUCUGGAGACGAGCUAGAAUCGAAUGCCUCGAACCAGGCUAGUCCGGCAUCUCGAGUCUCAUUUCUGUUCCCAAGCCGGCUGUUCUCGAGGUUGAGUCGUCGAGGAAGAAUGUCAUAUCGAACGCCUGCCAGCUCUGUAGCUGCUAAUUUGUCUUCUGAAUAG